AUGGCGAAAACAUAUAAGCAAAUGAAGGAGGCCUGGGUGUCGGGGCACACCGGGAGCUCCGUAGCAGACGUCAAUAGCGUCUCGCUCGCAAUGCCUUUGAGCAUCUUACUAUGGUCUGUGAUACAAUCACGUAUGCGCUUGUUUACACCGUACACAUUACCCGCCUUUUUCAUCGACUUCCUGCUCAAUUGCGGAGCGACGUUGUUUGCAACCACCAUUUACUCGCCCUCCCCGUGGACUUUGAACCUGCUUCUUCUACUACCGGCAAUCACCAUAUACGCCCUUGAGAAGCCAGCGACAGCCAGGGAUCCCCCGCGGCCACCCAAGAUUGAUAAGGCGGAGAAGGACUCCAAACUAGAUGCACUCCCCGUGAAGCCAUUCAUUACGAAUUAUCGAGGCGCAAUGAUGGUCAUCACUUGCGUUGCUAUCCUGGCGGUCGACUUCCGUGUUUUCCCUAGGCGCUUUGCGAAGGUGGAGAACUGGGGUACGUCACUCAUGGAUAUGGGUGUGGGGUCUUUUGUCUUCACUGCUGGUGUGGUUUCUGUGCGGUCGUCUCUUAAAGAAGGUGCAGGCCGUCAACCACUAGCCAAGCGGCUAACGGCGUCACUCAGACAUGCCGUUCCCCUCCUCAUUCUUGGUACUAUCCGUCUCAUCUCUGUAAAGGGCCUGGACUAUGCCGAGCAUGUCAGUGAGUACGGGGUGCAUUGGAACUUCUUCUUCACUCUAGGGUUCCUACCACCCUUUGCUGCCCUCUUCCAAACAGCAUUUGACUUGGUGCCUUCCUACGCUGUUCUCUCCUUUGCGCUCGCAGCAAUCUAUGAGAUUGCUCUAGACUGGACAUCGCUGGGAUCCUUCAUCCUGGUAGCCCCGCGAACUGAUCUCUUCUCCCAGAACCGCGAGGGAAUCUUCUCCUUCUUCGGCUAUCUCGCCAUCUUUCUUGCAGGCCAGUCACUGGGUGCUUCCGCUCUACCAAGACAACAGCAAAUCCCAAAAGAUGCAUCAAUCACAGACAAAGUCCGACAAGCUACUCUUGGCAAGCUUGUCACUACAUCUGUGUUCUGGACUGUAUUGUUCUACUUCUCAACCAGCUAUUACGGUCUACGACUACCGGUAUCGCGAAGACUCGCCAAUCUCCCCUACUUCCUCUGGGUCUCGUCGUUCAACAGCUACCAAAUCACCAUAUGCUGCGCGAUCGAGACCUUCCUUUUCCCGAAUCUCUACAAAGCUAUCACUAAAGACGAAGAAACUCGGAGGAGUCGAGAUGCUACCAGCACCGUUCUCUACGCUUUUAAUCGCAAUGGUCUGGCUGUUUUCCUUGUUGCAAACCUGCUUACUGGAUUGGUCAACAUGACGAUGCCGACGCUGCAUAUGAGCGUUCUGCAGUCUAUGGGGGUACUUGUGGCGUAUAUUGCUGCUGUUGCAUGUGUUGCUAUUGGGUUGGACUUUUAUAAUGUAACGAUCAAGCUUUGA